UGUAGCUUUUUACCGGAAAGUGAUGGUGACAGCGUAGUUCGGCCUCAUAAUUUUAUUUAAACAUAUAAAAUUAUUGGAUUGGUCUGCCAACGUGCCAAUAAAGUAUCAUAUAUGUUUGAAAUCACUUAAAAUGUUUUUAAAUCCUCGUAUCCUGUCGUCGGCUGCGGCGAUUGCUAUCACUUGUGCUGUGUCUGCAGCGGCCUACUAUUACAAAAGCCGCAAUGCUGUCGAAAUUAACGAAGUAAUGGUGUUCUGCAAACUCCACCUAAAUGCUUAUAAUUACUUUGAUAAGUUAAUCAGCUAUGUAGAAGCAGCUAAGAAAAGUGUUGACGUCUGCAUGCCAAGCAUACACAAUCCCGCCAUUCAAAGUCGGUUAGUAGAAUUGAUAAAGAAAAAGAAUAUCACAGUUCGUAUCAUAAUUGACCGUACUGGGUAUAAUGAUUCAACAGACUUUUUUAUAAAUGAACUUAUUGAAGCUGGUGCAGAGAUAAAGUGUAAUCUAACGGAACCAAUAUAUAAGAUGCAACACAAAUUCUGCAUAGUCGACGACAAAGUUCUCAUGACAGGUACUUUGGACUGGGGAAACGACCUUUCAGCCGACCAUUGGAAUUAUGUCUACAUCACUAGUAAACCACAGUUAGUAGAACCGGUAAAAAAAGAAUUUUAUCAAAUGUGGAUUCGGUUUUCUAGCGAUUUAAGUCAGGUCAACAAGCCCACACCACACGAUAGCGACAUAGAAUUUGUGGACGCUAGAAAUUUAAAUCCGGAAAUGGAAAAUAUGGAAAUAGUCGAAAUGGAAAACGAACAUAAAGGUGACUCAGAAUCACAGACUAACAGAGAUGAGACCUCUGAUUUAGUUAUAAUUUAGUCAUUGUAUCAACUUUUUACCUUAAUCUUUUACAAAUGUUUUAUAUGCCAAAACAUGCCCUGUAUAAAAAUCAAUGUAUUAACCUAUUUUAAUAAUAAGACCAUUAUUUAUUGAAUCAAAUUAAUCUGAUUUUUUAUGAUAAACGUUUUUAACUGGUAUCCCAGCCAGGGAGGUGCUGGCCUUUUUCUACUCUCCAAUUAAUUGUAUUUAAUUUUUGCCCUAAAAUGUUUGCCUUCAUUGCCUAAUUUUUUAAUUUCACAUUUUGAAACUGCUUUUUAGAAGAAAAGUGUUUCUUCACGCUGUAAUUUUUUUCUUUUAUGUAUGUGUGUAAUUAUUUCAAUGUUCCUCAUAUAAAUUCUUAAUU